AAGAGAAUAUCCCAAACUGUUUUGCACCACACAAUACCAAAAUCUGGCUACCCUGCUUUCAUUAGAAAAACACAAGGAGAAAUGUUUAUUGAACUGUGUAUUUUUUAUUUGUAGAUGCAUGUUAUGGCUCCACCGAAGUUAAUGGAAUAUUGUACUCUGCUUCUAGGCAUAUUUUUGAUAACUCUUACCGUUACCGCAGAGAAACAAUCACAAAAGAAAGAUCUUAAUGCCAAAAAUGUAUUUGCGGAUGAAGUAAGUAAAACCUCGGAAGCAGAUUUACAUAUUAUCGUCUCAAAUGAGAGUCCCAAAGAACGGUUUGAAGAUCAUGUACAAAUAUCGACAACGACAAAAAAUGAAAACCAAUACUCAGCUGCGGCAGAACAACAAAAACCACCAAUUCCAAUAGAAUCUGGUAAAACAAUUCCACCCAUAGCGCAUUAUGAACAUGUAGUGGAGGAGACGAAAGUCAAUACCAAGGAUAUUAAUUUUGACUAUGAAGACGAUGACUUGCCAGCGUCAUAUAUAACAGGAUUCUAUAUUUUUUUGGCGCUUAGCUUGUCUGCAAUGCUCUUCAUUGUCUUCAGAGUUUAUAGAUUACGUUUGUCACGAGCCGAACGUAAAUACGGUGUACAAGGAGAUCGUAGCACACAAGAGUUAGUUCCUUUGCCUGUUUCUAUCGAAGAUGGUAAUAGUGAGGACGAAGAUCACACCCUUUUUGAUAUUGGACGCCAACAAGCUCGAAGAUUAUGAGUUUUAUAUUCGCCCACAAUAUUACAAUAAUAGGCUUGUAAAUAUAACUCGAAAAUCUUUACUACACAAUCCUCGAAUAUUUUGUUUCGUUAAAUAAAUAUAUUCAAUGGCUUUGAAAUAUUCUGAAAUUUAGAUAUAAGGAAUAUAUCGAAGCCUUUUAUUAUUUUUCUCGCUACAUAGCAAUUUAUAUUCGUAAAAGAUUUGUGAUACUAAUAAAAUAUUUAUCAACACA